AAAGAGAUUAACAAACAAGGGAAAGAGGUUAUGUAUGACUAUGAAGACAGAAUAAACCAAGCUGUAUUUCCUGGACUGCAAGGUGGUCCACAUAAUCACACAAUAACGGGUCUAGCAGUUGCUCUGAAGCAGGCUAGAACACCUGAGUAUAAGGCCUACCAGGAUCAAGUUCUCCGUAAUUGCUCAAAGUUUGCUGAGACUUUGCUAGCAAAAGGAUAUGAUUUAGUGUCUGGAGGCACUGACAAUCAUUUAGUUUUGGUGAAUCUGAAAAACAAGGGAAUAGAUGGAUCGAGAGUGGAAAAAGUAUUAGAAUCAGUACAUAUUGCAGCAAACAAGAAUACAGUUCCUGGUGAUGUUUCUGCCAUGGUUCCAGGUGGCAUCCAUAUGGGUAAGGCUCUUGAAGGAACACUGAAAGAAGUAACGUGUUAGUAUGUCGAAAAAGUAGUAAAUGUGCAUGCUUU